AUGGCAUUCAAGAACAUACUCAUCUCUAUGCUUACUACCAUCUUUGGGCCAAGAACAUUGUCAAAAUCUCGGGCAGCAGCAGUAGUUGAGUGUGCUGUCUGCCUGUCGACCCUGGAGGGCGAAAAUGGGACGCGGGUGCUGCCUUGUCUGCAUGAGUUUCACAGCGUUUGCAUCGGUAGAUGGCUGGCCACCCCACAUUUCAAGAACACGUGUCCGGUUUGCAGGUUUCCAAUGGAACAAGACUGUAACGAAGGUGAUCAUAAGAGGUCCAGAAGACAAGAGCGUUUCACUGAGGAAAUGGCCAUUGAGGCAUACAAUGCUGCCAGUCCCUGUGAGGUGCCCUUCAGGAACAUGACCCUGAUCACAAUGGGAAAUGGGGGAGCUGGAGAUGCUUGGUGGUUUGACUGCCGUUUUUGA